UGCUACUGCCUAUUGUAAACCCUGGAGAAGAGAAUAUUUUAAUCUAAAGCUGCAUCUUGAUUGGUUUUCAAAAUGAGUCAGCACAAGAAACGCAAGAAAAAUAGCACCGGAUCUAUCACAAAAAUCCAACAGACCAGCUAUCAGCAUAGCCAGCAGGCUAUAUAAUUUCCAGCAUAGUAGCCAGUACAAUAGCCAGCACAGGAGUACGCAAAUAAUCCAGCAACCAAAAAAAGCACCGUGUAGCUUAACAUCCGAAGCGCAUGCGCGAGGAAGAGAGUGUGUGUGCAUGCUUAAUUCGUAUUGCAUGUAUGUAUACACGCGUGUGUGGUGCGUGUAUUCCUCAGGAAUGUAGGUGCAUCGCGGUGCGUCACGCGUUGUAGAAUUGAUACACACUUGAUUUUUCGAAAAAUGAAGAGAUCACCAUUGAAUAAUGCUGCACCCGGUGGUCGGCCGUACAAUGCGAGAAACACGCCGUAUAAUUGGAAGUCGCGCGAGAGCACGAAUAGAGGUUACCAAUCCGUAGAGGGUAACGCAGGUUAUUCGCGUUUCUCCGUGAGCAACGGGCCGCAGUCUUGCCGUAGUGACGAUUUCAUCCCUCUCGACGUUAGCACGUCAAUGACGCGACAUGAUAAAUGUAAUAUCGUUAAUCGGUACAGCCCUGCCGGUGUCCGCGGUAACGCCAGUCCAGGUAGCUCCGGCUGGUAUAACAAUUACAGCAAUAACUAUCACUCUUUGCAAAGAUCGAACUGCAAUAACCGGUACUCUGGCUACAAACAUUCCCUCAAACAAUUUCAUGGGCAGAGGAAAAAGGGUUAUAGAGGAAUGCAUCAGCAAAUAAAUGUAUUGGCAUAUGUAGAUAUGAAUUCUUUCUUGGAAGAUCCUUGGAAAGAUCUAGUCAAAAAAUUAGAUGAUUUAAGAGAUUCAAGCAAAAGUGAAAAGCCUGAGACUGAUUCUUUAUCUAAUUUGAAACUGACCGAUGGCGAUUUGAUAGAAAAAUCUGAAAGCAUACUUCUGAAGGAUGCAAACCUGAAUGAUUCGCAAUGUAGUCAAGGAUGUGAAAAUGAAUAUUCUGUAGAUUCAAGCUUUGCAACUCAGAGUAUUAAUCUUAGUCAGAUAUCGGAAACCAAUAGUUCAAUGAAAUCAGAGACUGACAAUUAUGUCUGUUCUAGCCAAGAUUUGUUGGAUAAAAGCGUGUACAGUGUCAAUGACACUUGUGAAGCCUUACAAGAAAAGAGUAACACUCAUUUGAAUAUAUCAUUAAGAAAUACUGAUCAAGAGACUGUAUAAUAAUAAUGAAGAAAAUUAAUCAUGUUAAAUGAAAUACGUUGCAGUAUGCAAGAAUACACAUGAGUACAUUGUAUAUAAAAUCUUAUAAUUUUGUAUAUAAAUAUUGUAUAGCAUUAUAGAAUUGAAUGUACAGACACCUUAAUACAGAUUCUUUUUUUGAGAGUCUAUUAACAAUUGUAUUGUAUGAUAUAAGGUUAUAUGAUAACAUAUUAACAUCUGCAGAUUUAUAUAUUUUCACAAUCGUUUAGCUGUGAAAAAUGUAUAGAAUUUAGUUAUAUGUGCAAUUUUGUAAUACAUAUUGAAUUUAAGUAUAUAAAACAUGAAAAAAAAGUAAACAUAUUAAGGAAAUGUCAAUUUCUUGUUAGUACAUAAUUCAUGAUUUAAUGAAAUUAUGAGUAUAUAUAAAAUCACAUUUUAGACCAUGUAUUUAAGGAAUUAUUUUUUAAGUUGUAAAUAUUCUAAAUGUAUUUAAAAUUUCAAUUUUGACAUUCAAGCAUAAUUAGGCAAUACAAUAUUAACAAUUCAAUACAUUUUUAAUACGUAUAA